UAUUAGUACACCUACAAUUAACAGUUCGAUAACCAGACACCACUUUUCACUCUAUCCCACGAGACAGCUCUACGGGCCAGACUACCUUUGCUGACAAAAUCUUUGGGGCGUUAUUUCUGUUAGCCCCGCCUUAUUCGUACAAUUGGUUUAUUUCCUCACACAGCUCUCACGAAUUGGUGGCUGCAGGUGCCCGUGUUUAUAGUGUUGGUUGUUAUGAGGAGUGAUCAUCCACGUGAGUGCAUGUAAUGGUAGUAUGUGAAAAGUAAAAGUGGGUGGUUGUGUUUAUAUUGCUCUUAAUUAAAUAAUGUAUUAGAUGGUUUUAAAUUAGGGUCAAAAGAAAGUAAUUAUGGAGGGUGAGGAUGAAGGCUCCAAUGUGGAAUUCCACGAAGAUGAAGAAAUAAUUGAAGUGAUCGAACUGAACGACGGUGACCCAAGCCCUGAGGAUGUUGCCAGUGAGUUGGAAGACAUAGAAGUUGCAGAUGGUGAUCAUGGUGCCUCUGACGAAGAGUGGGAGACCGAAGAUGAAGGAAUAGAUGAGACCACAGAACCUAUGCAGGAUGAUAGUGAAGUAACCUUCUCAAAGCACUCAGGACUGGUAUUCUGUGUGAGCCUAGACCCAAAGAAUAAUACCCUGGCAGUAACUGGGGGUGAAGAUGACAAAGCAUUUGUGUGGAGGGUAAGCGACGGGGAGCUUCAAUUUGAAAUUACUGGUCAUACAGAUUCUGUCGUUUGUGCUUCUUUUAAUCAUGAAUCAUCUCUAGUUGCCACAGGGGAUAUGAAUGGCAUUAUCAAAGUAUGGAGAGUGGAGAGCAAAGAAGAAAUCUGGUCCUUUGAAGUUGGAGACCUAGAGUGGCUGGAUUGGCAUCCGUGUGCUCAGGUAUUGAUGGUGGGCACAACACAGGGAAGUUCCUGGAUGUGGAAGAUUCCAAGUGGAGAGUGCAAGACCUUUCAGGGACCCAGUUGCCCAUCCACCUGUGGCAAAUUCUUGCCUGAUGGUAAGAGAGCUGUGAUAGGUUAUGAAGAUGGCACAGUCCGUUUCUGGGAUCUGAAACAGGGAAAUGCAAUUCAUGUGCUGAAAGGUCAUGAUGGACAUUUAGGUUCAUUAACAUGUGUUGCUGUUAACAAAGAUGGCAGUCUCGUCCUCACUGGCUCUGUGGACAGUUCUACCAAACUACUAAAUACCAACACUGGAAAGGUUGUUGGUGUGUUUCUUAUAGAAGGCAAGCCCCCAAGGAAGCCUGAAACAGAUGAGGAGGAGGAAGAGAAGGAGUUUGUAUCUGUGGAAUCGGUUGCAUUUUGCAAUGUACUGCCACUUAUUGCGAUUGGACACUUAAAUGGGAUGUUGGCAAUUUAUGAUAUUUCUACACAGACCCUGCGACAUCAUUGCCAGCAUGAGACAGGAAUUGUUAAAGUCUUAUGGGAGGAGAACUCUCCCCUUGUGUACUCCUGCAGCAUGGAUGGUACUGUGCGACUGUGGGAUGCUCGUUCUGGGAAGCUGGUAAAUAAAUACGGUGGCCACACUGCAGAGAUCCUGGAUUUUGCCAUCAACAGGGAAGCCUCUGUCAUGGUGACAGCAGCUGGCGAUGGCAAAGCCAAAGUGUUCUGCCUUCAGCGACCAGAUCGUUAAGAUGAGAGAGAUGGACGCCGUCUUCACUUAGAAUAACUAACUGGUGCACCUCAGACUGGAAAUGUUUGUAUCACUAUUGCAGAUAUGCCCAGGAAUAUAGGAAACUGUGGUGCUGGAGUCUGGACAGUGCCUUCACACUGAGACAGCAUUAUGUCUUGAAACAAAAGGCAUGACUGCAGUAUGCAAACUGUGGGUUCUGUAUUAGUAUGCACUCAGGAAAUUUUUACCUGGACAAUCAGAACAAUUUUUGACCAGUUGUUUGACUGAUGCAUCAGCACUGUGUAUGUUUAACCAGCAGGACAUUUUCUAAACAUGUCAUGCUGUUUGAAUAAAGCUUAAUUUUAGAUGUUUUUCAAA